GAGCGAUGAGUGUAUAUAAUAUACGACCGCCUACUCAUCCCUGCUAGAAAUCGGUUAUCUUCACGUCCAGACGACUUCGUCCGUACACUGUACUGCAGUCAGUAGGACGGGAGAUGGCGUCCACCUCCAGUAGGAGCGAUCUGAUGGACGAGUAUCACAGACUGGCGGCUGACACCCUCCUCGGUGCUGAGUCAAACAAGGUUGCUGUGGCAAUAUUGCAGGCUGCAGAGGGUGGUGAGUUACAGAGAUUGGUGAAGCUACUGACAGAACACAGGGACCUGGUGGAUGCUCGUCAUCCUGAUUCUGGGGAUACCCCUCUCAUUAAUGCUGCCAGGAGUGGACACAAAGAUGUAGUGGAUGUACUGCUGAGUUGUGGAGCAGAUAUAACUCUGGAGAACGACAGUGGAGACAGUGUGCUGGACGUGGCAGGAGACAGACUCCGCAGACAUAUCCUCAAGUCUAUCAGUCAUGAGGAUCGCUCCAUGAGCAAUGCCAAGGCUCUGCUGAGGUCUGCAUGGCUGGGGGAUUCCGUCAGGCUCAGGAGAUGUCUGUCUGGGUCCCAUUACCUGGAUGUCAACAACAGGAACAGUGAUGGCCUAACACCUCUGCUACUAGUCACCAGAGAUGUCUCCUUCUUCAGUAAAGUUCAAACAGCCAUGGAGACAGAAUACAACCCUGUAGAGGUACUGGAACAACUUUUGAACGAUCAUGCUGAUGUGAACCAGGCUGACAGUCAAGGUCAGGGUCCACUGCACCUCAUUGCCUCCUCUGGUCCAAGUAUCCACGCCACCAAGAUGGUCUCUCUUCUACUCCAACAUGGAUCAGCCACUGAUGCUCUGUCCUCGUCCUCCCAGUCUCCUCUCCACGUGGCCUCGUCUCAUGGUCACAUGACAGUCAUUGUGGCACUGGUGGAGGAGGGAGGGGCUGACAUCAACCUCCAGACCUCACAGACUGGGGACACCCCUCUCAUCAUCUCUGUCCGUGGAGGUCACAAUGAGGCAGCUCGUUACCUCCUGAGUAAAGGGGCUAACGUUACCAUGGUGAACGACAGUGGAGACUCGGCACUGACAGUGGCCAACAGCCCCAGAAUGAAGAGAAUGAUAAAAGAGGCUUGGACUGAGCAGACAGAGCAAGCUGCUGACAUGACAACAAAGUCAGACUCUGAUGUAACCUCACCACUGUCACCGGGGAAACCAGACAACAAAGACUCGUUCUUCCUCACGGACCGUCAGAUGAGUCGCAGUCUGGACUUCGACGAACAUCAGCUCACCAAUCCAGAUGACAGAGGGAGAGAGUGUUCAGGUGGUAGCUCCCCUCAAGCCCCUGACUCACCAGGUCAGCUGGCGGGGGAGAGAAGACGAGGGUCACGUGACACAUCAUGUGACGAGAGGGAGGCUGGAGAGGGAGGAGGAGGGGGUGUGGUCAGCGAGGGGGAGGGGAAAGCCGGCAGGGAGAAGAGAGGAACGAGACAGAAGUCAAAGAUGAAAAGAAGAGUUCAGUCUGAGAGUAUUCUUGUCGGUGAACCAGCUGGAAGUGGUAGGAGCUCAAGACUGGACCUGAGGUCCACACACCCUGUGGACAAUACCAGACAGCGAGCUAUGUCUACUGAUGAGCAGUCUGGAACAAGAGGACCUGUAUGGGUGUCUGGUGCUGGGAGGAGGAUUGUUGGAGGGGAUGAUAGAGAUAGGCAAGCUGGUGACAAAGAAAUGAAGACCACGUCAAAAGCUAGUGCUGCCAGUCGGAAAAAGCCGUCCGGUCUCCUCUCCCAGACCAAGACCAACAUUCAUAUGACCACCAAGAAAGCAUCACGUGAUGGUCAUGUGAUCAGCAACAGACCUCAGAGCAGAGCCCCUCAACCAGGGAGAGAUCAGCAGCGCCUUCCUCAAGUCUACACCUACUCCUCACCGCCAGCACCUAAACUGGCCGGCAGUUCCAGGAGCCAGGAGGACGGGAGCAGGCUCCCUCGCCUUAACCUGAGAGGAAUGAAGGCAGUGAGUGUGAUGAGUGUGGACACCAGGCAAGACAACCUGCGGGUGAGGCAGGUGCCCAGGACGACAGGCAGUGAGAGUCCUCUGCAGAGGUCUCGCUCUCUCAUGGCUUGUGCCAGUGGAGACAACAAGCUAAAGUCUCUGGGUCAAAAGAGGAACAGCACUGGCUCCAUUUACCAAUUCCCCCCGCCAGAUCAGAACAAGGGUGCUCUACAGCCAAGACUGGUGGCCCAACAGCUUUUUAGCUUCCCCUCACACCAUCCCUCCUCACAUCAUCCCUCUUCACAUCCCGUCCCACCCUCCCCUCAUCACCCUCCUCCCCUCGGGACUCAGAAGAGACUCCAACCAACAACUCCAGCCACACCCAACCCCACCCUACAAUCUCAGGGGAACCGAAUCAAUCUAAAUUUCCCGACCCCCCAGAAGAACAGGAACCCCCAGCCUCCUCCCCUUCAACCAAAACUGUCUGUGGUGGUCGAACUGUCCGAGAGCAUCGGCAGCUCCACCCAUUUUGACCACGCCCUCCUUGACUCCACCCCCUCUGACCACGCCCUCGUCGACUCCACCCCAGGUCCAAUCUCCACUAUCUCCCCAUCUGCUCUUCCUGCGACUGUAGAGAAGUUUUACCAGCUGACUCGCCAGCCAUCUAGCCCCACCCCCUCGUCAAACACCAUCAUCAACUACGCGGCAGUGAGUGGCUCCACCCCUCUCUCCCCGAUAUGGAACCUGGACCUUCCGCAGUCUGCGUCCAGUUCUAGUUCCAAUUACAUCAUCAGUGCUCUUGCCGACGGCCCCUCCCCUCUUCUCGGUCUCCGUUCCAAUCCCAGAGCCGCCCCUGGUCUGGACUCGGGGCACUCCACUGACGAGGAGAGGGUGGAGGAGGAGGAGGAGGAGGGAGGGAGCAGUGAAAGUUCUAGUGAGGCGGAGUCAGUGGGUGUGGGCGUCAUUAGAUCUCUGCAGUGGAAGAGAGGCAGGCUGCUGGGGAAGGGGGCCUUCGGGAAGGUAUGGGAGGGGCUUCUGGACUCCGCCCAGAUGAUUGCCGUGAAGGAGGUGGAGCUUGACAUUGUGGGCCAGAAGGCUCAGUCGCAAUACGAGAAGCUGAGACUAGAGGUGGAGAUCCUGCGAAGUGUGAGGCACAAGAACGUGGUCAGCUACCUGGGGACCAGCAUGGACGACGGACACGUCUACAUCUUCAUGGACCUCAUUCCUGGUGGCUCCCUCCUCAGUAUCCUCAAGAGGUUUGGCCCACUGAGUGACAUGACAUGCAGUCACUACACACGACAGAUAGUGCAGGCACUGAAAUACCUCCACAGUAACGGCAUAGUACACAGGGACAUCAAGGGAGCAAAUGUGAUGGUGACUCAAAACGGAGUGAUAAAACUGAUUGACUUUGGAUCAGCAAAACAGGAGGUUGCUGGAGACUUGAUCUCGGUACGAGGAACUCCGUACUGGAUGGCUCCGGAGGUGAUCAGGGGGGAGGGGCAUGGGAGGAAAUCAGAUAUCUGGAGUCUUGGGUGUACCGUUCAUGAAUGGCCACCUCCAAACCUCCGUGGGCUGAUAAUCCUCCUGAGGCGGCCAUCUUUCGGAUUGGAACAGGCACCCCUAUCCCCCCUCUUCCUGACCGACUCUCCUCUGAUCUCAUCUCUUUCAUAUACAGAUGUGUGACAAGAGACCCAAUCCAGAGACCUGGAGCUGACCAACUCCUGAAAGACCAUUUCCUCAACAAAUUCAAAAAAAGAAGA